CUUCCGUUGACAAAUUUACGCUUCUUAUUCCGCACUUUCGUACAGUAACAUUCGAAAGUCACAUCCAAUAUUUUCAGAUCAAUCAUCCCAAGUUUAAUCGCAGAUUCAGCCACAGCCCACAUCAAUGGCAAUGGCGUUGUACUUAGCAAUGGCGGCAGUGGCUCUGCUGAUUAGUGGUGCCGCAUCUGCUGGUACAACCAAGUACACCAACCACACUGUGGGUGACACUGCCGGUUGGUUCUUUAACUCCACCACCAAUAAAACUUCUGCGGAUUUCUCUGCUUGGGCUGCCAAACAGACUUUCAAUCUUGGUGACUAUUUAAUAUUUCGUACAAUCACAAACCAAACAGUGAUCCAAACCUACAAUCAUACAACUUAUGAGAGCUGCAUUAUGGAUGAUGCUUUAGACACUGAUACAUUCCAAUACAGCGGUGGCAGCAAUGAAUUUGGGCAGGCAUUGACUAUAUCUGUGCCACUGACCGUCGAGGGAUCACAGUACUACUUCUCAGAUGCCGAUGAUGGGGAACAAUGUCAGCAUGGUAUGGCCUUUGAGAUCAAAGUUGGCCAUGGUUUAGGACUUCCCCUGAGCCUUAGCCAACCGCCCCCACCGCCAUAUGCUCCGCCACAAGUACCAGCAGACGAGGGGCAGUCACCCCCCAUAACAUUGGUGACAAGUCAACCUAAUAAUGGUGGGAUGAGGGCUGGUGCUGGCAUUUGCUGCUUAUUCUUAUUGCUUGUUGUUAUGCUCUCAUUCCUGCAGGCUUGAGAUAGGUUAGAAAAAUAUUGAGAAUGUUUUCCGACUUAAUAACACUCUUCAUUUGAUAGCACUGCACAAGUCUUUUGACAUUAAUAUUUGAUAAAGAGAUCGAUUUUCUUUUUAUUUU